AUGACGGUCGGUUUGGAGAAGAGUGAUGCACGCACGACGAUGAGUUCGGAGAAGAGAGGUUCAAAGAAGGCCGGUUCUGAGAAUGCGGAGAGCGGUGGCUCGAGACAGUAUUCUGGAGAAAAGAGUUCGUGGGAACUUGGCUGGGACGGGGAGGAAGUCACUGAAAGCCGUGUGCGCAGACGCCUGAAGGAUGAGACAUCAAGUCAGCCAAGUUUGGGGGACCUGGUUGCACAAACGUUGUCUGAUGGUGGUCGGGUGUCGACUCCUCUGGGCGACUUCGUCAUGCCGUUUUCCAACAUUGUCACACGCGGGUUCGAGUUUAUCAUGAAGAUGGUCGAGAACCAACACCUCCCCCUAAGCCAGAACGACCUGGACUCCCUGACCGGGGGUUUGGCAAAUCUUGUGGCUGCUCCUUCUCUGGCUCCGGAUCCGGCGGCGGCAAGAAGCCCGAAACCAAUUAGGGGCAUAGACUUUGUCGAACCUACUCAGCGGCAGGCAUCGCAAGAGGCAACCAGGCCCUAUGCAGAGAAACUCAGUGCAGCCGAGAAACUCAGUGGAGACGACCGCGGUUAUCCGAAUGGUAGUAAUCAAACCGGCAAUAACCAAAGUAAUGCGAAGGUGGAUUCUGCGACUGCCGAAGACUCCAAGAAGGCCGUCAUUCUGCUUGGAAUAAUUGAUUCGUUGGCGAGCAUGGAUUAUGAAGAGUUGGAAACCAGGUUUGUUCCGCGGAUCGGUGACCCCGUAGCGGUUGGCAUCACGACUUACCGUGACGGUGCCCGUGACGGUGACAAGACGUUGACCAGUUUGGGCGGGGAGGGCAAGGCCUUGACCAGCGUGGCUUCAGGUGCAAGUGGCCAAGAGGACGAUGUAAUUGUGCUGAAGGGCUUCAAUGACGUUCCGGAUUUGGUCGUGGCGACAGGUCUAACAACGGGGUUAGGGAGUGCUGAGUUUUUGACGGCUGAUGUGGGAGAGAUCCGGGACGAGGUUGUGAAGGAGUUGCUGGCGAGCACCAGCGAUACACUACCCUGGCUACCGCUGGAUGGAAUUGUGGGAAGUCUGCCGGGAUUCUUAAUUGAUAGGAUGGGGAAGGCGGGCGAGUGGUUAGGCACGCUGGCGGAUUACUGGAAGACUGGGGCCGAGAGCAUAGACCAGAUGGCCGGCGGGGUGCUGAAGCCGAUUCUGAAUAACAUUGGGAACGCUGCGUCCAACUCCACCGCGGACGACUAUACCGGCCGGAACGGCCUAAUCGAGAACAAGAACGUUCCAGAUGAAGACGUGAGCUUCAGGAAGCGAGUCGUCACGGGCGCGGGCAUCCCCGUCGGAGGACAGGAGUCUUCCGACGGCUAUGAGGGACGCAAACUACCUUCAGUCGCCGAAUACACCGGCGGAGGACGCAACUAUGCCUUCCUAGCACUCCCCGAGGACCUGGUACCGAUCAAUUCAGACUUGAACACGGCCGGUGGGAACGUUUUUGGACUCGUUCACUCUGGGCGUCUAAACCAUCUGGCUCCCGAACUCGAGCAAGCUCACGCCGAGAUUGACUUAGUUCCUUCGUGGGGGCUGCCUGUAAGUGUGCCCUUGGCCAACCCAGCAGCUACCAUGGUGAUUAGUCCGGUGAUUAGUCCGGUGAUUAGUCCGGUGGUUAGUCCGGAGGUCGGUGCAAUAGUUCCGAGUCUAGACCCGUUAUUUAAAGGCCGGGCACUGCUCCGAAGACUUGAGGCCCGCACCGCGUCGAGUUUCCAAAGUCCCGUGUGGUACGGAGUGACUAACUCGGAAGGUCACAUACCCGACGGAUCUCUUCUCGAGGGUGAGGCGACCAGUUCCGGAGUGAUAGGUCAGGACAUCUCUGGGACUUACGGAUCUAUUAAUCACGUCUACAAUCAGUUGCCAAACCGCGCGGUUGCUGACCCGGUUUCGGUCUCCUGGUCAGGCCGCGACGAAUUGCACACCCCUAGUGUUGUAGCUGGGAGGGAGGCGACUGGCGGCCGGAGAAGUGAGGAGGAUCCGCGAAGCUACGAGCCAGGACUUUAUGUGUUGUACAGCGGCGUGCGGCCGCCGUCUGAGCCACGGGACGAGCUGGUUUUUGAGCCUUGGAGAGUUCGCGAUGAGACGACGGGCUUCAUUCACCCGAGACUGUACCCGUGGCAGAAUAGCGCAAUUUUGAGGACCGAAGUGCCGUCUUCGCAAAUUAGAGUCGUCUCGUUAUCGAACGGUACACCCGGACUGCGCGACAGAACCUCGCGCCAGGAGGAGCUCUUCGAGUCCCAGCCACGCCGAGGAUCCCUUCAAGCCGCGUCCGUGUCUCAUAAAGACAAGAUUCUCAUAGGCGAUGGUUAUGACGGAGAAGACUUGCUCUUCGGCGGCGAUGAUGGUGAUGAGGCCCGGCCGAACAAUCAAGUCAGGUCGGAGUCGGUACACGGGAACGCCGCGAAGAGGCCUAGCCAAGCCGGAGUUACUAUAUCCAACAAGUCUGAGAAGGGAUGGAUACAGACUCUCGUGGGUCCCUCGGAUCAGAUCCUCGUUGGCGAUGACUAUGACGAGGAAGAUUUGCUUUUCGGCGACGAUGAUGAUGAUGAGACUCGGCCUAACGCUCACGUGCGGGCAGAAUCCUCGUUGGCGAUGACUAUGACGAGGAAGAUUUGCUUUUCGGCGACGAUGAUGAUGAUGAGACUCGGCCUAACGCUCACGUGA